AUGGCUCAGUUCCUGCGAGGCAAGCAGGCCGGUAUUCAGAAGGACUUGUCCGAGGGCCUGUCCCCCGACUUGUUCCUCCUCGACGAUUUUGCACGAUGUGGUGUGAACUCGCAGAUUAGUGCCAUUGCUUAUGAUCCCAUUCAAUCCCUGGUCGCAGUCGGCACCAGUGAUACCCAGUUCGGAAGUGGUCAGAUUUAUGUCUUUGGGCAACGGCGGGUGUCGGUCGUCUUCGAAUUCCCGCGCAAGGCAUCAGCGCGUUUCCUUCAAUUCUGCGCCGACAAGCUCGUUACUGCUUUGUUGACCGACCCGAGCUUGGACUAUGCGUUUAUUGGCAUGUCAAAUGGCGAUGUGAUCGCAUACGACCUCGAUCGACAGUCGUUGACGCCGUUCAAGAUCCCCAACCUGUGGCUCGAGCGCAACCCGCGGGCGCGCUUUUCCCCGGUGGUAUCGCUGGCGUUUUCCACCCGGGACAUUGGCAAAGUGAUGGUUGGCUACCCAGAAGGAGCCGUGGUGUUUUCGUUCAAGCAAAAUCUGGCGCAAAAACCCAAACUGACCGACGCGAUCUGGCAUCCGAACGGUCAUUUCGUUUUGACGGUCCACGAAGACACGAGCUUGGUGCUUUGGGAUUCCAAGGAUGGCCGCAAGCUUCAUGCCAGAACAAUUCACGCUACCAAUGUUGAUGACCCAGGCUCCUUGAGGGGAACUGGUGGACUCAAAGACCCUAUCACCAAAGUUGCUUGGUGUGCCAAAGACAACCCUGAUGACACGGGUCUGAUGGUUGCUGGCGGCCAACCCGCAGGUGACCCAAAUAAGGGCCUCACUUUCCUGGAUAUGGGCCCGACGCCCAAUUACCAAACAUCGUCAUGGCAAAUGCUGUCGAGUUACUUCGAGAGAUCGCGGCGAGAGAUUCACCUCUCAGUCCCACCGGGUGCGCAUGUGGUUAACUUUUGUCUCAUUCCGCGCUCCUCGCCCUACUUUGCCGGCGCCCAUGAUCCCAUUGCGUUGCUUGCCGUGCUCUCGUCCGGUGAGCUGGUCACCAUGAGCUUUCCCAGUGGUCAUGCGAUUACCCCGACCAACAUGCUUCAUCCCUAUCUGACCCUGGUUCAUCCUUUUGUGAACAAGGCUACAAUAACCCCCGUUGAUCGUUCAGUGUGGCUCGGCCUGAAGGAACGCAGAUUGCAGGGACCUAAAUUUCUCACAGGUGGCGCAGAGGCGAAAAACGCGCUCAAACGCUUUGAGAACCGUAACAUCGUGUCAACCGCACAUGCGGAUGGAACCAUCCGUCUUUGGGAUUGUGGACAUGACGAUGAGAUUGAGAACGGCGAGGUGAUCCAAGUGGACCUGGCCCGCGCCGUGGGCCGAGUUUCCAAUGUCGAGGUGACUGAAAUGUCGCUCGCAGGUGGAUCAGGUGAAUUGUCCGUUGGCCUCCGAACUGGGGAGCUUGUUAUUUUCCGAUACGGGAAUAACGGCACAUAUGGACAAGAGGAACCCCCUGGUACUAAUCAAGGGCCUGGGAGGCUGACUCCGAUUACACACCGGACGGAUCCCGGUCUUAAACAGGGACUCCUUCCCCUAACACUGCUGGACAUGAAGCAGGGUCCGGUGACAGCUAUCAGCCACAGCCAGGUCGGUUUUGUUGCUGCCGGUUUUGAGGGUGGCAGCUUGGUGAUUAUCGACCUGCGCGGUCCUGCAAUCAUUCACACCGCGCACCUGUCGGAGUUCAUCAAGGCCCCCAAGCGUGGCAGCUUCCUCAAGUCGCGCACUGUGGAAGAGGCCCCCGCUGAAUGGCCGACCAGCAUUGAGUUCGGGGUGAUGACUUUGGAAGGCGAAGACUACUCAAGCAUAUGCUGUUUUGUCGGUACCAGCCGAGGAAAUGUGGCUACCUUCAAGGUUCUCCCAGCAUCCAAUGGCACCUACACCGCCGCUUAUGCCGGUUCAUCGGCAAUCGAUGACAAAGUCAUCAAAGUCAUCCCUAUCGACGCCGAAUCCGGUGGUCUGGCGCUGGCCACGCCCGGUGCGGUGGGAGGCUUAAGAAACGGGAUGAAGGUCAAUGGUGUUGUGGUUGCCGUGACUAUUGCUGGCUGUCGCAUCUUCAAACCCGCGACGUCCAAAGGUGCACACAAAUCCUGGGAUGACUGUCUCUGUGACUCAGCCGCAGUUGUCAAGUCGGAGGGCCGUGGCUAUAGCCUGGUUGGGCUGUUCGGUGAUGGCAAUGCUCGGGCAUUCUCUAUCCCCGCUCUCAGAGACAUCGGCUGUACCAAGAUCAACCAUAUUGCGGAUAUGCGGCGCCUGUCAGAAGCACGCAUCACCCCAACGGGCAGUGUACUGACAUGGGUCGGUCCCUCUGAGAUCGGGGUUUUCAAUGUCUGGGGCACUGGUAGCGGGCUACAUCCUUCGCAGGAUCGCCUGUACAAUCCCGAAGCUGUGAUCCCCCAACGACCGACCAUCACUAACAUCCAGUGGAUCUCUGGCACUCAAUACGUCACGCCUGCUGACAUGGAUGUUUUAAUUGGUGGCUCAAACCGACCACCGUCCAAGCGGAUGCUCGAGCAGAGGAAGCUUGAUGAGCAAGAACGCCGAAAUGCCCCGAGGGAAAGCCACGCCCCGCCCCCCCAACAAGGAAACCAGGACGGCUACUGGGGGUACAUGUCGCGACAAGUCCAGGAGCGCACCGAGCGGCUUGGGAUUGUGGGAGAUAGCAUGGACCGACUGGAGGAGAACAGCAGCAACUUUGCCAGCGAUGUCGGCAAGUAUGUGCAGACGCAGAAGAGAAAGGCGGUCUUCGGCGCGCUGGGAUCGAAGUUUGGCCUCUAG